GUCCCAGUCGCCCGGCUGGGCGCUGAGCGAGCUAACGCGCGGGAGGGGGACGCACACGCGCUCAGACUGCCAAUGAGCCAGGCCACCUCCCGCUGUAGCAAGACGGCGUGAGCCAGAGGGAGCCCGGGAGCACCGAAGCGCCAGCUCCGGCAGAUCAAUGGUGGGAGGGGAGGCGGGAGGAAGCCCAGCCUGACGUCAGGAAACUUUCUCGGUGGCUGAGCCGGGAGUUGAGGCUGAGCCGGGCGCUCGCGGAGCCGCUUCUUUCUCUGGGUAUCUCACAGGGGCCGGCCCCGGCUGCCACCCUCCAUCACUGCGCAAGUGCAUUGAAAGCUACAAAGCAGAAACGAUACAAGUUGAAAGAUGUUGACAAAUGAGUGAUAUGCGAUCAAGUGUCUGUUGUGCCCCUGGCCAAGAAAUUUUAAAAUACUAGGGUUGAAGUGCCACAAAAAAGAAAACAUAUUUGACUGGCUGAUUCUCAACAUGAACCGUGCUUUCAGCAGAAAGAAAGACAAAACAUGGAUGCACACUCCUGAGGCUUUAUCAAAGCAUUAUAUUCCCUACAAUGCAAAGUUUCUUGGCAGUACAGAAGUGGAGCAACCCAAAGGUACAGAAGUUGUGAGAGAUGCUGUUAGAAAACUAAAGUUUGCAAGACAUAUCAAGAAAUCUGAAGGCCAGAAAACCCCGAAAGUUGAAUUACAAAUCUCAAUUUAUGGUGUAAAAAUUCUAGAUCCAAAAACAAAGGAAGUCCAGCACAAUUGCCAGCUUCAUAGGAUAUCAUUCUGUGCUGAUGAUAAAACUGACAAGAGGAUAUUUACCUUCAUAUGCAAAGAUUCUGAGUCAAAUAAACACUUGUGCUAUGUAUUUGACAGUGAAAAGUGUGCUGAAGAGAUAACUUUAACAAUUGGUCAAGCAUUUGACCUGGCUUACAGGAAAUUUCUGGAAUCUGGAGGAAAAGAUGUUGAAACAAGAAAACAGAUUGCAGGGUUACAGAAAAGAAUUCAAGAACUAGAAACUGAAAAUAUAGAACUGAAAAAUAAGGUACAAGAUUUGGAGAACCAGUUAAGAAUAAAUCAAAUACAUACAUCUCCACUGCUGCACAUAAAGUCUGAUAAUGAUCAACAUAUAUUUCAAAGACCCUCCACCUUUUUCUGGUGUAAUAAUGAGGAUUCAACUCCUUGUUUAGAUAUCUCUUCCAUUACACUUACUCCUAUGAGCUCUCCUGACUCCAGACUAUCAUCUGGACUGUUAACACCACCACCUUCAAAAAGUGGUCUUCCAAAGCCAGUCAGUGAAUACAGCAUCCCAAGACCUCGUGCAGGCAGUGUGACACCUAAAUCACCCUCCACUGACAUCUUUGAUAUGGUUCCCUUUUCUCCCAUAUCCCCUCAGUCAUCAACACCUACUCGCAAUGGCACACAGCCUCCUCCAGUACCCAGUAGAUCUGCAGAGAUCAAGAGAGACCUUUUUGGAGCAGAACCAUUUGACCCUUUUAGCUGUGGAGCAGGAGAUUUCCCUCCAGACAUUCAGUCCAAACUAGAUGAGAUGCAGGAGGGGUUCAAAAUGGGACUAACUCUUGAAGGCACAGUAUUUUGUUUGGACCCACUAGACAGCAGAUGCUGAUGUCAUGACCAGAAAUUUGAAAUUCUUAUAUGAUCCUUUAUUUUUAAUUCAGAACAAGUAUUAUAGAUGUUAUUCAUGUGCCAAAAAAUAUAUUUUUAAACAUGGUAACUCUUGUGAAGUUUGCUUCUGUAAAAUUCCAACUUAGGUUCCCUGUACAAAUGUAAAAAGUCACACUUGUAUAUGAAAUAUGAAUUAAAUUACACUGUUGUAUUUCUCGCUCUCAUACUUGGACAAACAUUUGCAAUACCUAAGGAGUAUUCACUUUAAGCUGGCAAAGUUCUUUAAUGAACUCAUAGAUACCUCUUUCUGUUAGAAGACAAUAUAAUUUUUGCAUAAUAUUUGAGUGGUGACCUUUUAAAAUUAAUCGUCUCAAGCCACUAUUUAAUUUCAGGUCAAUGGGAUGAUUAUUGUACAAUAAAAAAAUUAAAUACCAAUUAAGGAAGUAAAACAUACUGAAAAUUAGUAUGUACAUAAAGGAUAAUCUGGAUGCCAUGUAAUUAAUUCCAGUUAACUGUACACAAUCACUAUAAUAUAUGAAUAAUGUUAUUGUUAGCCUAUUACAUCUGCAAUAUUUUAGGCCUUUAAUUCACAUUUUAAAAAGUAAAAAUAUCAGAUUAAUUGUCAAUAUGCUAGCUAAUGUUUGAUAAGUGUGUUAGGGAGGUCUAGUAUACAUGUUACAGUUAUUUUGUAAAAUGGACAAACUUAAUGCUAUGCAUUUCUGGUUUGAUGUUUUACAGCUAAGCUAGUUGCACAUAUUAUAUGAUGUUUGUAAUUUGGAAUUCAUUACAUGUCAGCUAUAUUUAAUGUUCUGAAAACUAAGACCUUCAUGCUAAAGAACACAUAGUAACCCCACUGCAUUCACUGGGACUACUCUUGUGUAAAAGUACUCGCAUGCUAACGUGUUUGCGGGGGUGGGGCCUUCAAAUGUUGAGAAACAAUGUAGUGUUACUGUUAAAUGUCACACUGCAGCUCUACAGCUUACAGCAACAACUCAGUGCAAGCUAAUAAUGAAACCUUAAAUACCCAUAAAUAGGUCACAUAACAGAGCUAGAUAUUAAAAAUAUCUUGCAUUGUGAUGAAUAAUCACACACACAAAAUAUUGCUGCUGGGUGUUAGUAUAUUGUUGACUUGACUAUGCGUACUUUUCACUAACCUUUAACAUAAGCAGUAAGUGAACAUAUGAUUUGUGAAUGUUUGCAUUCAGCCAUGAACUUGUUCCUUAAUGUUUAUACUUUGCCAUGAUUUUGUUCAGUGUGUACCAUGCCCAAAUUUUAUGUUAAGGAUAUUCCCUUCCAUCCAUAAAACCCUCAUUAACUCCCCCCUCCCUAUUAACAACACACAUCAGUAGAAAAAGAACUUUCAGGGGAUUUUUAGUAUGGUUGGUUGGGGUCUUCCCCCCCCCCC